UAAAUAAAUUUUGCAAAACUUAAAAGCACUGAAGCAAACAUCUGUUUUUUUAUAAAGACAAAUAUUACCAGAGUUAAUAAAGAAUACUCUCAGAGCCAUAACCUGUUGAUUAAAUAAAACAUGAAAUCAAAGGUUCUUGAUAAGUUCUUUAAAUAUUAACAGGAAACAAAAAGUUUUCAGUGAUGUCACAUUUGUAAAUAAAUUGUAUGCACCAGCAUUUAGUGUUUGGAUACAUUUAUUCUUUUUAAAUAAUCACUACUUUUUGGUGCAGGAAUGAUUCCUGUUCUCUGUCAGAUUCAAAUCCCAGAUUGAAGAACAGAAAAGUUUCAAAAUAAAAGUAAUUUGCAGUUGUCAGCAGCCACUCCUGUUCAGAGUUGUUGUGGUUUGAACCGUGUCCUUCAGAUAAGUUCGUCUUCACUCCCUCUUCAUCUUCAUCUUUACUGGAGCCGUCUCGCUUCCAUCCACCUUUCCUCCACUUUUUACACUCCUGACAGCAGGACCGUUAUGGGAGAAUGGGACCUUCUGGGCCGGCUGCUGGACAAAGUUCAGAGCCACUCCACCGUCAUUGGAAAAAUCUGGCUCACAGUUCUGUUCAUCUUCCGGAUCAUGGUUCUGCAAACCGGUGCUGAGAAGGUGUGGGGGGACGAGCAGUCCGGCUUCGUCUGCAACACCCAGCAGCCCGGCUGUGAGAACGUCUGCUACGACCUGGCCUUCCCCAUCUCCCACGUCCGCUUCUGGGUGCUGCAGAUCAUCGCCUUGGCCACGCCCAAGCUGGUGUACCUGGGUCACGUCCUGCAUGUCAUCCACAUGGAGAAGAAGAUGAUGGAGAGGAUGAAUAACCAGGCAGAGCUUGAUGACGAAGCCAGCCUCCUGCUCAGGACCUUAAAGAUCCCAAAGUACACUAAAACCAACGGGAAGGUCAACCUACGCGGCCGCCUCCUUCGUAGUUACGUCCUGCACCUCGUGGCAAAGAUCGUUCUGGAAGCUCUGUUCAUCGCUGGUCAGUAUUUUCUUUACGGCUUCACCCUGGAGCCUCGCUACGUCUGCACCCGCUUCCCCUGCCCCCACAAGGUGGAUUGCUUCCUGUCCCGGCCCACCGAGAAGUCCGUCAUCAUCUGGUUCAUGCUGGUGGCGGCCGUGGUCUCGCUGGCCCUCAGCGUGGCAGAGCUGCUGUACCUGUGCGUGAAAGCUGCGAGGGAGUGCGUUUCCACGAGGCAGGACUACACCGUGACCCCUGUGACCCCGCUCACUUCUGACAAGAAGGACAUGAGGAACCGGGACGAGAUGAUCCAGAACUACGUCAACCUGGAYUUGGAGCUGCAGGGACGAAAGGCGGGGAUGAACGGGAUCAAAGGCGGAGCCAAAACUGGGAGAUCUGAGAACAACAUGGGGGAGAUCCACAUCUGAACCCUGGACUGGGUUGUUUGGGUCCGACUCUCAGUAGUUCUGGUUUCUGUUUGCUCUGAGAGGAGGUGGGAGGGGGGCGUUCAAACGGACCAGCUUCAGUAAACACAUGCAGUCACAGCCUAAAGGUCACACAAAAUUUAAAUGGUUUUCGUGAAUACUCUGAAA